GUACGGCCUCGUUUACGUAAAAUUAAAUUUACUUUUUACGGAUUAUCAAGGAAGAAAAAGAGUCUAAAACUAUCAGCGUGUUCACAAGGAAGAUUUGGAUUGUUGAAAAAAAUAGUUACAUAUUAAAAAAAUGACCUACAUAAGCGAUUUGACAAUCGCAGUAAUCUGCUCAUCAAACAUGAACCGAUCGAUGGAAGCCCAUGCCUUCUUAUCCAAAAAGGGCUUCCGUGUGGAAUCAUUUGGAACCGGUGACAAAGUCAAACUGCCCGGUACUGCAAUCGACAGGCCAAAUUGUUAUGAAUUUGGUACCUCUUAUGAAGAAAUAUACAAAGACUUGGCGAACAAGGACAAAGCAUUCUAUACCCAAAACGGUCUCCUGCACAUGUUAGACAGAAACCGAAGGAUUAAACCAAGACCAGAACAAUUCCAAGUCUCAGAAUUAUUGUUCGAUGUUAUUAUCACUUGUGAAGAAAGAGUAUACGAUAUAGUAUUAGAAACAAUGGAGUCUCGAGGAGGAGCCUUGAAUAAACCUGUACAUGUUAUUAAUAUUGAUAUUCAAGAUAACCACGAGGAGGCUACUAUAGGAGCGUUUUUAAUUAGCGAUAUGGUCACAAUUAUGGCCCAUUGUGAGGACUUAGACAAUGAUAUAGAUGAAUUAAUCCAUGAAUUCGAAUCAAAAACAGGAAGACCGAUCCUGCAUUGCGUACAAUUCUACUGAAUAAGAUUCAUCAUCAAGUAUGUAAAUAUUUAUACUUAUAACAUUAAUCUAACGAAUUGUAAAUAUUUUUCAUUAAAUUAAGAACCAAUCGUUUAACUCUAAUUAUAGUUUUGAUAUAAUGAAUCGAUAUAAUAGUUUUAUAAUUGUUACUGGACGUCUUAUCUGUUUAAAAUUAAUAGAACAC